CCCUGUGACGUGCUCGGUUGUGUCUGACUGCACGGGGACCUGUACAAGUCCCUCAAUAAUGAAACAGCGCACGGACCGCUGUGUUGCGGCCGCGGACGGCUCUGUACGGAGCACUGCGGCAGGAACGCAGCCAUCUGCGUGAAACAACAGUGUUGUUUCGUUCCAGCUGGAAAACGGUCGAAGCGCGGUGUCUGCUCGACCCUCGCUGUUUACAUCCGCCAUGCAGGAGUCGGAUCAACGGAAAGGGGCGGCGACGGCGGCGGACGUGCAGGUCGACGAGCAACCGAACGCGCUGAUCGCAUGCAGAGUCCCAGACGAGGUCUUCAAUGACACGCGCGUGAAGGACCAGUUUGAGGCACUGUUUCAGCAGUUUGAUACAGGAGUAUAUUUCCAGUUCUUCAAAAGCUUUCUCCGUGUACGCAUUAAUUUCACCAACUCUGUGGCUGCUACUCAGGCAAGAUUGAACCUUCACAAGAGUGACUUUAAUGGCAAAGAGAUGCGCCUCUAUUUUGCUCAGUCUGUGCAUAUAGGUAGCCCUCGAUUAGAGCCCCCAAAGCCAGAGAAGCAGUUCCUCAUUUCUCCUCCAGCUUCUCCUCCAGUGGGUUGGAAGCCGUCUCCAGAUGCUACACCUUUGAUUAACUAUGAUCUGCUGUGUGCUGUCUCCAAACUUGGACCAGGUGAGCAGUAUGAGUUACACACUGGAACUACCACCACUCCUAGUGUGAUAGUACAUGUGUGUGAAGACGAUGACAGCUCGGGAAGUGAGGAAGACCCAGAUGGAGGAACCCGGGCCCGCCCCAAAAUCAUUCAGACUCGGCGCCCGGAUUAUUCUUGCUCUGUCAAGAAGUGAAUUUACUUCAACAAUUUGGCAAAGUGGUAAUUGAACUGGUAAUCCAGUUUCACCCUCCACAUGGAGGCAGCAAAUAUAAACAUCUCUUUCUGAUAUGGAAUAUUUGCCAUCACAUAUGCUUCUGAUUUAAAAUCUGGUAGAAUAAAGCAUUUAGAAGUGCAUUUAAUUUAUUUAAUUUCAAAAAAGCUGUUACUUGGAAUUUACAUCCUCAUACUGCAGAAGUGGCAUUUGGAGAGUCUGUUUUAUUAUUUUUUUUAUGUGUGAAUGUCUACACUGUUAAUGGACACUAAUGUAGACCAACUCAUUGUCAUUAUGUUGUAGAUUGUUGUGUUUGUCUAUGUUGAUUCUUGUAUUGUGUAUAACUGUUCUUGUAGUUUUCCAAUUUUGUCUCUAUUAUGCGCUAGGGGCUGUAUUCAGUGUUGGGUUAAAUAAGCAGGAGGUAAUGAGGAGUGAAUGCUGAAAUUGUACUGAUUUGUAUUCAGAUCUCAGAGGCAACUACACACUGGAGCCAGGGUCACACCAGCCCUUACAGAUUUAUUCAUUUGGAACAAUAUCAGACAAGAAUGAACAUGUCUGGAGGUUCAGUGAACUCCUGAGCCAAAUACAUAUUUUCUUGUUUGUCGCUGAUGAGACAUUAUGCUGCAGAGUGCUGGAUGCCACUUGAUAAACUUGUACAAUAGCUUAUUACUAGCAGUAGUUCUUGCUAUACUUGCUAUUUUUAAUAGCUAAAGAAUUGCUUAAAACUAUCUAUGUUUAUAAUUCUGUUGUAUGACACAUGGUGCGAAACAGUAAUUGGAAGCAAUUCCUCUUGAGUCAACUUAAUGCACAUUAGAAGAAGCAUAAAAGAUGCAAAAAAGAUUAUUUAGAAAGAAUUAGAAAUAUGCUAUUCCCCGACUGCAGCUAAUAAUGAUCCAUGUGAAUAGUUCUGCUAUGUUUCCUCCCAAAAUCAUAUGGCAAGAAAAUAAUUACUUCUACAAUUAUUAUUGUAUAAAUCUUUAAAAUUAUUUUUCAAAUUUUUUGAACAAAUUGAUACUUAUUGUAAGAAAGGCAACUUCUGAGUCAUGAACUACGCUUAAAAAUAAUUUAAAUAUUCUCCCAGAAAUCAUGUAAAAGUGAAUAUUCAUGUACCUUUUGAAUUCUGCAUCUCUGAAUACGGCCCUUGAAGAAUAAUGCCUUAUUAUGUGGUACGCAUUUGAUGUGACUUGAGUGUCGCUUCAUUUCUGUUACAUAAAAUGAUCUAAUGUGAUCUGUUGUACUCUGUUGUCUGUCGAGAUUAGUCAAAACCAAUGUCAAAGGAUAAAGAAAGUAAAAUUUUAAAAUGCA